AUGCCGAUCGAGAAGAGUAUAGUGGGUGCGGUAGAUAGCGAUGACGACGAAUCCGACAAUGAGAUCGACGAUAUGGUCGAGAAACUCUUUGCUGGAGACAAGAAAAAAACCGCUAAAGCCCAGCAGGAGGAAGUGGAGGCAGCCAAACCACACGCCACACUCAGCAAUGGCCCGUUAAUGCUGACCAAUAGCGAGGCGAAUAGUGGUGCGGGCUCAGCCGCCAUCCAAUCAGAUGGCGCCGAUGGAGUCCCCGCCAAAACAGCCGAGGAGAAGCGCGCACACGGACUGCUCAAGGGCAUGCUGGCCACGCCCCAAGACUCGAACACACCACAGGCCGCUGUAGGUGCAACCACAGUGCCGUCGAACACCACUCUCACAGUACAGACCGCCACUCCCGCACCGGAUAAAGAGGAAGAAACAAAGGCUUCGUCCAUACGUGUUGAUGCAGCGACUGAAGCGGCCCUGGCGAUGUUCAAAGGAGGUAAACUCAGUGCAGCCGCACGUGCAGCUCAGAUUGCUGCGAAGAUCAAUGCAAACAAGAACUUUGCGGCGGCGGCACCUGCGGCGUUACAGAAGGAUGCUGCCGAAGCUAACAAACACUUCGAGGAAGAACUUGAGAUUAAUGAUUUCCCGCAGAAUGCACGAUGGAAGGUCACCUCUAAGGAGGCUGUGCUUGAUCUGCAAGAGUACAGUGGAGCGGCGAUUACAAUCCGUGGCAUUUUCUACGCCCCUGGGAAGAAGGUGCCGGCAGACGGAGAGCGUAAGCUGUUCCUAUUUAUAGAAGCCGACUCCGAGAGGAAGAUACAGAUUGCCAGGAGCGAAAUCAAACGUAUUAUUAAGGAGGAGAUUCUCAAGACAUCAUCAAUGCCACAGCGAAAUACGGGAAGAUAUGCGAUCACAUUUGGUUGAUGGUACAAUAAAUCCUAUAUACGAAUAGAUGUGCACAAGAAUAAAUAAUUAACCCUAAGACUAAAAUCACAUUUGGUUGAU